AUGGCUUUUAUGGCUGAUCUUCAAAGGGCUCUCCAAAAAUUGUCAAUUCUCACACUAGUAUUGCUAGUGCUAGCAGCAGGUUCUGAUGCUGGUGGAAUAGCUAUCUACUGGGGUCAGAAUGGAAAUGAGGGGACCUUGGCAGAGACUUGUGCCACAGGUAACUAUGAUUAUGUGAACAUAGCUUUUCCGUCAUCUUUUGGCAAUGGUCAGACUCCCACAAUAAACCAUGCUGGUCAUUGCAGUCCGGACAGUAAUGGCUGCACAGGGUUGAGUUCUGAUAUAAAAUCAUGUCAGUCCAAAGAUGUUAAAGUGAUACUUUCUAUUGGAGGAGGUGCCGGCAGUUACUCUCUAGCCUCUGUUGAUGAUGCUAGGCGAGUUGCGACGUACCUCUGGAACAACUUUUUGGGUGGAAAAUCUUCAUCUCGUCCUCUUGGCCCUGCUGUUCUUGAUGGAAUUGACUUUGACAUUGAAGGAGGAGCAUACCUGUACUGGGAUGAUCUUGCAAGGUACCUUUCAGCAUAUAGCAAAAAAGGAAAGAAAGUGUACUUGACUGUAGCUCCUCAGUGUCCAUUCCCUGAUUAUUGGGUAGGAAAUGCACUGAAGACUGGUCUUUUUGAUUAUUUUUGGGUUCAAUUCUACAACAAUCCUCCUUGCCAAUACUCCUCUGGUGAUGUUACUAAUCCUGAAGAUGCUUGGAAGCAAUGGAGUUCAGACAUUCCAGCCAACAAGAUUUUCUUGGGUUUACCUGCAUCUCCUGAAACAGCAGGAAGUGGCUUCAUUCCUGUACCUGAUCUAACUUCCAAUAUGCUUCCAGCAAUCAAGGGAUCUGCUAAGUAUGGAGGAGUGAUGCUAUUCCAGUACUACGACGACCAAAGUGGAUAUAGCUCUUCCAUCAAGAGCCACGUCUAG